AUGUUGAAAGCUGGUUCUUUGGCAUUGAUUGCCACCAUGCUGCUGGCAGUAGUACAUGGAUUUGAAGUAAUAUACUGGGGACAAAACUCCUAUGGAGCUGCUAAUGGAAAUGAUCCUUCUCAUUGGCAACAACCUUUACGUCAAUAUUGUCAAGAUUCAUCCAUGGAUAUCAUUCCUAUGGCUUUUGUCACUCAAUUUUUUGGUACUGGUGGUCUUCCUGUCAUCAAUUUGGCCAAUAUCUGUAACAAUGUCGAUAAUAGCACUUUCCCUGGUACAUCUUUGGCCAACUGUUCUUCAUUAGCAAGUGAUAUUGAAUUCUGUCAGAGUAAAGGUAAAGCAAUCACUCUUUCUUUGGGCGGCGCUACUGGUGGUGUUGGUUUCCAAUCUGAUAGUCAAGCUUCUACCUUUGCUGAUAAUGUUUGGAAUCUCUUCCUUGGUGGUUCCUCUUCAACAAGACCUUUUGGUAAGGCUGUUUUGGAUGGUGUUGAUCUUGAUAUUGAAGGAGGUGGAUCAAACUACUAUGGUACAUUUUUGACUAGUUUGAGAAGCAAGUUUAGUGGUGCAAGCAAGAAAUACUAUGUGACAGCCGCUCCUCAAUGUGUUUAUCCUGAUGCAAAUCUUGGUACGACUAUUAGCCAAAACUCUAUCGAUGCUAUUUAUGUACAAUUCUAUAACAAUCCUUGUGGUCUUCAAACAUGGGGUACAAGUGGUUGGAACUAUGGUGUAUGGGAUUACUGGGCUAAGAAUGUAUCACCUAACAAGGAUAUCAAGGUUUAUAUUGGUGCACCUGCUAGUCCAAGUGCUGCUGGUGGUGGUUAUGUGCCUUUGAGUACUUUAUCCAAUAUUGCUGUUACUACUCGUCAAAACUUCCCAAGCUUUGGUGGUGUGAUGUUCUGGGAUGCGUCUCAAGCUGUUGCCAAUGGAGAAAUCAAUGUUGGUGUUAAGCAAGCUUUAUCCAAUGGUGGUUCUUGUGGAAAACCAUUCUCUUAUCCUACUUGUUCUGCUCCUGCUUAUCAAUCUGGUGGAAACUAUCCUGGAGGCUCUAAGGUGUCUCACGAUGGUUAUAUCUGGCAGGCAAUGUGGUAUGCUUCUGGUCCUCCUGAUAGUUCUUUCCAAACCUGGAUCCCCAUCAGUGCAUGCUCUGGUUCUGGUUCCAGUUCUGCUUCUUCUACUAUCAGUACUGGAGCGUCAUCAUCUUCAUCAGCAGCAGCGUCCAGCACCAGCGGUAGUAAGUCGGUUACUAACGGAGGAUCUACUUCCACUUCUUCAUCAACUGCACCCACUUCCUCCUCUUCCAAUGGCUCAAGCAGUGGUUCUUGUGGAACUGUUUCUGUCUGGUCCAAUACUGCGAUUUAUAAGGCUGGCGAUCAAGUAGCUUACAAAGGUCAAAUAUACAAGGCUGGAUGGUGGACUUUAGGUGAUACUCCUGGAGGCUCUGUUGGCGUUUGGACUGUUGUUGGCUCAUGUUCUCCUCAAUCCACUGUGGCUCCUCCAAGCACUUCUUCUAAGAAAACUUCCACCAUCGGUUCUCGUUCUGCUCCUUCUUGCAAAGAUGCGACUCAAUGGAGACCCAAUGUUCAAUACACGGAAGGAAGCAAAGUGAUUCAUGGGUAA